AACAUCGAUGUCACUAUCGAUACUAUCGAUGUUUUUUAAAACAGCGAUGUAUCGAUGCUUUUUUUCGAACAUCGAUGUUAUCACUAAGAGAUACACACGCAAAGCAAGUGUUUGAUACAGGUAAAACAUAUUAGGGCGGUUCCUCUCGGCACAAUGGACAGGUUUCUGCACAUAACAAACCACGUGUCUGCUGCUUCGUCGUCUGCUCCAACGUCUGCUGCUUCGUCGUCUGCUCCAACGUCUGCUCCAACGUCUGCUGCUUCGUCGUCUGCUCCAACGUCUGCUGCUUCGUCGUCUGCUCCAACAUGUGCUGCUUCGUCGUCUACUCCAACGUCUGCUGCUUCGUGGUCUGCUCCUUCUACGUCUGCUGCUUCUACGUCUGCUCCUUCUACGUCUGCUGCUUCGUUGUCUGCUUCUUCUACGUCUGCUGCUUGGUCCUCUGCUGCUUCGUCCUCAGCUCCUGCGUGUGCUGCUAUUUUGGAAAAUGAUGAUUUGGAAUUUGGCUUUGAGCCCCCAGAUUGUAGAAAACGCAAGAAAACCGGAUCAGAUGUAUGGAAAUAUUUUGAGAGGUGCAAGAACAAAAUGUUUGCCAAAUGUCGGUUUUGCGGAAAGGAGUAUAAAACUUCCGGCAAUACAACAAAUUUAUCCGAUCAUCUAAGGCGCCUUCAUCCAUUGAAAGUAUCAGUAAGUACAGAAAACGCAAUGAAAAUGGACAAUUUUGUUUUACGAUCUGAUGCGUACGACCCAAAAUCAUCCAGAAAGAUUGAACUUGAUAAAUGUCUCGCUAAAAUGGUGUCGUCAGAUAUUCAGCCGUUCAGCAUAGUAGACGACAAUGGGUUUAAAAAUUUUAUAAAAUUACUCGAUCCAAAGUACAUUUUGCCCAGCCGUACUACAUUGCAGAAUGUGGUCACAAAAAAUCUUUAUGAAGAAGCGCUAUCCAAAUUAAAGGGUAAGCUGAGUACGGUCCAAUAUUGCUCAUUAACAACGGAUUGUUGGACGUCUCGUUCAAACGCCAGUUACCUAACGUUGACGUGCCACUUUAUUGAAAAUUUCGAGCUAAAAACGGUUGUUCUAGCCACACAGCCGUUAUUAGACCAAACCAAUCACUGCAGUGACAAUAUUGCAGGAACUAUAAAAGCAAUUUGCAUGGACUUUGACAUUUUUAAUAAAGUGGUAACUAUUGUAACGGACAACGCAGCUUCUAUGAAAAAGGCCUGUGAGAAUUUGCAAAAAAAGCACCUGGGUUGUUUUGCCCAUUCAUUAAAUUUAAUUGUUCAAAGCACGCUUGCCCUAAAUGAUGUGCAAGAUGUUUUAAAAAGCGUUAAGAGCAUUGUCACUUAUUUUAAAAGCAGUGCGAUUGCGUAUGCCAAACUAAGAGCUGCACAAGGCGUUGAAAAGCCGUUAAACCUAAUACAGGAAGUGCCUACUCGUUGGAAUAGUGCAUUCUAUAUGCUAAAGAGAAUUUUACUCGUUCGAGAGGCAGUUUGCGGAGUUUUACUAAAAUCUUUGAAGGCGCCACUACCGUUAAGUGAGGAACAAUUUUCUAUCAUUCAAGACAUCUGCACCGUUUUAGAGCCAUUUGAAACGGCAACAGUGAAUACGUCAGCUGCCAAAAAAGUAACGGUAUCCUUAAUAAUACCCACAGUGCAGGGCCUUUUAAUUCAAAUGGAUACGCUUAAGCCGCAAAUGAAGACGAGUGUAGGGGCUGACACUUGCUUGUUUUUAACAAAUCAGUUGAGAAGCAGACUUUACCCCUAUGAAUCUAGAACUGCUACGAGGAUGACAACGAUUCUCGAUCCAAGAUUUAAAAAGGAAGGAUUUUACAAUCCGAUGAAUGCAGAACAAGCAGUAGCAGCGUUGGAAAAUGACUUGACUUUCGUCUUCAAAGAUGUGCAGAACCAAUGUCCAAAUGAGGAACCGGCCGCCGAGAAAACACACCCCUCUGAUUUGUACGGAUUUAUGGCCGAAAAAGUCAAAAAUAAGCCAAGAACUUGGAGAUCCGAUGCAAUAAUCGAAAUGCGGCAAUAUUUCGAGCAACAGAAUGCGCAUCAGAAAAUAGAUCCGCUCGAAUACUGGAGGGUUAAUGAAGUUCAAUUCAGCAAUCUUGCGCAGUGCGCGUUAAAAUAUUUAUGUAUACCUGCGACAUCUACUGACUCGGAAAGGACUUUCAGCAAGGCAGGACAAAUCGCGGACGAAAAGAGAUCUCGACUUAAACCUAAAACUUUGAACAUGCUGUUGUUUUUACAGAAAAACCAGUGGAUUAUUAGUUAAGAUAUAGAUAUCGAUUAGAUAAGUAAGAUAAGUAAGAACUGAACUGAACUGAACUGAACUGAACUGAAGUGAACUGAACUGAAAUAAUGUGAUUCCAUUUUUCUUUAUGAUUUCGUUAAAAUAUGUAUUAAGAUUAUGCUUUUUUAUUUGUUUCUGAAAAUAUUGUUGUUGUUUUGUUUGAAUAAAUAUAAGUUUAUAAUAAGUUUCAUAAAAA